AUGUCGACGCCUUCAGCCUCUGCUGCACCGCGUGGCACGCCCGGUUUGACCGUCCCCUCGUCCCAGAACACCGCGCCCGUCAUCAAAUUCCGAUGUCUCUACACCCACGAUCUUCGACGAAAAGCAAAACGCUGGCAGGAUGGCUACCUCCGAUAUCACAAAUUUAAUAAGAGGGCUAUGGUUUUUGAUACCUCGGGGAAUUUCAUAGGCGACCUCCAUUGGCGGAAGGACGAGGAUAUUCAAGAUGGUGAUGAGAUGGAACUGGAUAAAGGCGUGCUGAUCGAGGUUGGCGAAUGCAUGGGGAGUACAGAGACAGACAUCUCGUCCUUGUUCGAAAAGAAGAGAUCCAGUCAAGGAUCCCCAUCACAGCAGAAACCAUCACCAGCUGCCCGUCCUUCAUCUACCCCAGUACGCUCUGCCAUGUCGUCGCAGCCGUCGCGAUCUUUGAAUGACCUUUUGGGAAUCAAACGAACACCCAUCGGACGAUUGGUCUCGCCUUACGAAGAACGACACUCACAAGUCCAAACUGGGAAUAGUCAGCAAUCGCCUGGGCCGGCGGCAAAGCGCCAGAAAACCGUUUCUUCAGAAAGACCUCGCGAACAGCGCCCGAACCCGCCCCCGCCAUCUCGUGCACAACCUGUUGUCGUUGACCUGGACGGACCUGCUGCCCCAAAACUGCGAAAUGGAAAUGAGAAAGAGAAAACAAUCCCAACGCCAUUGGGACCGGAGGAGAGACCCCGCGAAAGGAACUUAAAUCCACGACCUGCUGUCAUUGAAAGGCCUGCUGUUGGGACAAUAGGAAAGGAGAAGGAGCAAACAUCAAUCCCAAAGCCACCGGAACCUUUAACGAGGCCGAGGAUAGAUCCACAGCCCAGUCGAGCAACACCGAAUGCUCCGACACCAUCGAGUGCACCCAAGGAAACAAGGCCCAGGCCAGUCGAGAACACUCGACCUUCCAAUAAUCUGUCGCGAUCGUUUGGGUCUAUCAGCACGAAUGCAGACCCUCCAGUCAAUACCCUUCGAAUGUCGACUGAUCGACCGCGCAAAAAGUUGAUGUACAGCGAAUUAUUGCGCAGCCAGUCAUCGAAAUCAUCAUCAGACGCAGCACCACGGCCACAAAGACCAAGUCCUCAAUUAGGGCCAGAGCGAGCUAAAUCGCAAAGAGUUGAGCGUGAGCACGAGCAUGUUGUACCGGAUCCUAUACCUACCAAUAUGGAUUUUGUGCCAUCGGAAUCGACACAAUUUGUUCUUGACCAACUGACAGAUGACCCAAUUUCUGAACAACCUGCUCCAGCUCCACAGGCAUCAUUUCCACCUAACCACAAACUAGAACCGCCAACCACGAAUCCCUCGCAUCUAGCGCCCAGGAAUCGAAUAUCGAACCCCGAGCCCCGAUUGAUCAGCAGCCCUUUUAUUAAACCGGAGCACAUACCGCCCCAUCAAACCCAAACUCGGCCUGCACAGCCAGGACCAACACAGCCACCUCCAAUUCCAGCAGUGAUGAACCUACGCCCUCAAAAUCUCACAGCAAGGGCUUCUCAUACCAGACUCCAAAAGUCGUAUUCAGAUCCCACUGCUUUACUCAACGCCACCGGCGUUACGUCGCGACGGGCACCUCCUAAGAGCCCGCUAGGCAUGCCCGUCAACAAUGGGCCUGAGAAAGGUCCCUGGACUGCAGAAGCAUUGGACCUGUUUGAUUUUUGGCCACCGGGACGGCCGAAGCCUAGUUGA